AUGAUUGAACAGGAGAAAAAAGAAAAUAGCAAUACUACAAAUCAGUCUAUUGGGGAUAUUCAAUUUCCUGAUUUAUCACAGAUUUAUUAUGACUUAAUAAACCAAAUUAAUCAAAUUGAUAAGUCUUCUGAUGAUAAAAAUUUAACUGGUGUUGAAGAAACUUUAAUUAGUAUGUUACGACCCUUUUUAUCUAAAGAUAUUUUGUAUGAACCAAUAAAAGAAUUAAAAGAACAAUACCCUCAAUGGCUUGAAAAAAAUAAAACAAUAAUUACAUCAGAAGAAUUUGAAAAACGAAUCAAACAAUAUGAUACUGUUUGUAAAAUUGUUGAACUAUUUGAACAAUCUACAGAACCUCCAAUGGAAAUAAUUGUUGAACUUAUUCAAAAAAUGGGUCAACCACCACAUGGAUUAGUUCAAUGUCUUGCUGAAUAA